AUGACCGAAUUAUCAAAGUUAAAAUUGUGGAAACUGAAGCUUAUGAUGGAAACAUUGACCGAGCCUGCCAUGCUCAUCAAGAAAAUAGGUCAAAGAGACCCGCAAGCAGUAUUAAUUCGAGCCGUUGAACCACUUGACCACCACACCAUCUCUGUCCCCUCUCAACACGACCCAAAGAAAAAAUUUCACUAUUAUACUAAUGGUCCAGGAAAAUUAUGUCGAGCCUUGAAUAUUGAUAUAAGUCUUAACCAUACUGAUUUAACUACCAGCAACUUAAUUUAUUUAGAAGACCAACCAGAAAUCAGUCCAGAUCAAGUUAUCAUUACUAAAAGAAUUAAUAUUGAUUACGCAGGUGAUGAUAAAGACCGACUGUGA